GCCGAGUCGAACAUGAACGAGUCUGCUGGAGUCCGUUUCCGGCGGCUGCACCGAGCUCACGUGAUCACAGAGGAACUUCCGGAGCGGAGACACAAAGGAAGCAGAUUAAAUUGAACCCAGAAGCUGUUAGAGGUGCUGAUGGUUUUAGCAGCCAGAGGGGCCCCUAGGUCAGAUUCUGCCCCAGGCCUCAUGCAGCCUUGGACCGGCCCUGCAGGAUGAGUUCAAUCUGCUGCACUGAUGAUGAGCAACAAACUGAGAUUUAAUUUAAUGCUAAUGUGGCUUUAGCAGCUCUAACAUUUCUGUCUGUUGAGUUUUAAUAGGAGCCACAGAAACUGUUUUGGUUUCUCACGUUUGUGUUAAGAUGAUCUCUGCGCGUUAACCCUUUAAACUCCUGUCCAGCUCCUACAGUGGGAAGGUGUUCCGGGUCACUCUGCUGUCUCUGGGCGGUUUCCUGAUUCUUCUUCUUCUCAUCAUCUUCCUCAUCCUGGAGUCUCCCAUCCAGCCAGAGGCCUUCAGCUUGAAGGAGCCGCCCCAGAUGAAGGGCUGCUGGGAGCCCAACCUGCGGCUCCGGGAGGCCCGGCGGCUCUACGAGGACCAGCUUCUGGGUCCAGAGUCCAUCGUCAACAUGGGGGAUGUUUUCUUCACUGGAACAGCUGACGGCAAAAUCCUCAAGCUGAUUGGACGGAGAAUCGUUACCUUGGCAACGCUCGGCAGGCCGCCGUGUGGCGCCAGGGAGGACGAGCCCACCUGCGGGCGGCCCCUGGGCAUCAGGGCGGGGCCUAAUGGGACGUUGUUCGUAGCCGACGCCUACCUAGGCGUGUUCGAGGUCGACCCUGCUACAGGUGCAGUGACCCGGCUGGUGGCGGGGGGGCAAGAGGUCGGCGGCAGGAAGCUGUCGUUCAUCAAUGACGUGGCGGUGACGCAGGACGGCAGGAAGCUGUACUUCACCGAUUCCAGCAGCAGGUGGCAACGCCGGGACUACCUGCACCUCAUCAUGGAGGCCACGGCGGACGGACGAGUGCUGGAGUACGACACGGAGACGCGGGAACUGACGGUCGUCAUGGAGAACCUGCGCUUCCCCAACGGCAUCCAGCUGCUGCCGGACCAGGAGUCGGUUCUGGUGGCCGAGACCACCAUGGCCCGGAUCCGCAGGGUCCAUGUGGCGGGCCUCAACAAGGGGGGCAUGGACACGUUUGUGGACAACCUGCCCGGUUUCCCGGACAACAUCCGGCCCAGCUCCUCCGGAGGAUACUGGGUCUCCAUGGCGGCGGUCCGGCCCAACCCCGGCUUCUCCAUGUUGGACUUCCUGUCCCAGAGACCCUGGGUCAAGAAGCUCAUCUUCAAGCUGUUCAGCCAGGACGUCCUCAUGAAGGCCGUCCCUCGCUACAGCCUGGUGGCCGAGAUCCAAGAUGGCGGCGUCUGUAGGCGGAGCUUCCACGACCCCAACGGCCUGGUGGCCGCCUACGUCAGCGAGGCCCACGAGCAUCAUGGGAAACUCUACAUCGGAUCCUUCCGCUCGCCGUACAUUGCCGUUUUGGACCUGCAGGGACCGUAGAACUGGGUCGGAACUGGGUCCAGCCUCCCUCCCUGCUGGUUCUGAUGACCCAGUCCUGUUUGGAUCAGAACUUGGGGACUUUAAAAGCAGCUGUUGGAAGCUGAGGGGCCCAAUCUGGCCCGGUUCUGGUUCUGUUGCUCCGCCAUUAUUUCAUGUCAGACUGAAUGUUCCUGUGUUGCUUCCCCUACUGCUCUGUUGUAGUGCUGGCCCGGUUCUGCUGGCCCGGACCAACUGUUGGGUCGACAUCAGAACUUUGGCCUGCUGAGGAACUCAAUGGGCUGCAAGGGACAGAACCAGAACCUGCAGGUUCCAGGUCUAAUUCAGUCCUGGUUCCGGACCCGGACCCGGUCCUGCUUCUGGUCCUAGUUCCGGACCCGGUUUUAACCAGUUUCCUGGGAACCUGGUCCUGGUUAAAACCGGUUCCGGACCGGUUAAGGUCCUGGUCUUGGUCCCGGUCCCAGUCCUGGACCCGGUUCCCGUCCUGUUUCUGGUUCCGGAUCCUGACCCGGUUCCGGUCCUGGUUCCGGACCCUGACCCAGUUCUAAAAAUUGUGAAAAAGUUAAAUCAGGCGAGUUAACUUGGUUUUGGUUCGGCCCGGUUCCGUCUAAUCCAACCUGUAGACCUACUGGACUCUGGAGGUUCUAGAGAAUAGAAGAACCGGGUCUGGAUCUGCUGCAACUCUUUAUUCACUCAUCAUUUAAACAGAAUCAGAUCCUGAUCAGAACCGGUUCUGGUUCCGGAACAGAGCUGGUUUCAGAUCAGAACCAGUUCCUGUUGGGGCGAUCUGCACAGCAGCUCCAGGGUUUCCCGCCCAGGCUUCCAGGGGAUCAGCCACAGCUCCAGGUGACACCGGAAGGUCUGGACAGAGACGGGUCGGUCAGAACCUCCAGAACCAUCGGGUCCUCCUGCGACUCAGAUCCAGACUCACCUGGGCCAGCCGGCCCGGAGGCUGGAGGCGGCACCGGUCCAGGUCUGAGGUCCGGUUCCGUUUGGGACAAACCGUCCUGGAGAUCUGGAAGUCCACGAUGUACCGGAUCCCUCUGACCACCUGGAACACAGAGCCGGUCCGUUAGGUUCUGCUCCGAUCCGGAACCGGGCCUGGGUCCAGACCAGAACUGCGGGAACAGGUCUUCUUCAGGUUCUAGGCUCAGCAGAACUUGGUUCUGGUUCUCACACCUUAGACUGAAUCUGAACAUGCUUUUAUUUUGAAAGGAGGUAUUGUUUCUUGUGAGCAGGUUCUGCAGCGGAGAAACGGUUUCUGGUUCUGUUGAGCCCUUCUCUGAUUGGCUGAUUGCUCCGUCCAAUCACUACAGACCUGAGCUUCUAAUAAACUACUGUUGCUUUAACGGU